AUCUUAUCCCCGUUGGUCCCUUGGAAUGGUCGCUCCAUUUCCUCUGCCCCUCCCCCAUCGUCCUCGCAGUUGGAAAUAGACUGCACCCUCCCCAUCUAUUCUGGGGACAGUCGCCGAGGUCGUUAAUCUAAGACAUGCCUGUUCCUCGUCCUAGACCCCUAGUGAUGGCUGCCCCUGUAUUUUUCACUUCAUGGGAUGUUUGUUCCGUUAGCUAGGGGCAAGACUGCUCUGCUCUCAUUGGCAAGAAGAUGCAGGUACAGGCUUUGUGCCUUGUGCCUUUUUAGAAAUGGCUUCUCUAUCCCUUUUGCCCUGGGGAUUGACAGCCCCCUCCCAUUACCCAAGAAAGUCAGGUCACUUUUCCAUGAGUCCUAGAAUGUGCCCUCUCCUUAGCAGGAGUAGGGCCUGCAAUGACAUCCUAUUCCCUUUUGGCCCUAGAGGUUAUCCAUUCAUCCCUGUAUAUCCCAUGGGUGACCAGUAGUAGUCCCUUGGGGUGGGCUCGUGGGGUGCCCACUCCACCCUUACCUCCUUUAAUACCAGAGAGGUUACUCCUUACUCAGCUUAAUGGAUUAUGACCCUCCCCUUGAAGACACAUUUCCUUUGCUCUUUGCUCCCAGGGUUGAUCUUCCCAGAAGAUAGGUCAGCCACUCUGGUAGCCCAGUUUUCCCUCCUAGCCCCCUAAGGAUGGGGACUUGGUCAACACUCUUCCUCAUGCCUCUCCUCUCUGGUCCUAGUCAUUCUCCUCGCAAAAAUAAUCUGCUUCAUCUCCCAUCCCUUCCCUGAGCAAACCUUUGGUGAAAGCAGAGGUAAAGGACUCUCAUCUUUAACCCAGUAAAUACUGGCGGAGUACUGCCUAUACACUUAGCCUCUGAAAAGUGGGCUAGUGAAGUCACUUCGGAAGGACUUCCCAGAAAGAACCUCACAUAAGGAAAAGAAAAUAGACUUGCUCUAUUGGUAGGGAGGAUGGACUGGGGAUGUUCUGGGACCAGCAGACCCAUCCCGGCAUGGAGGUCUGGCAGUGUUGAACCAGGAGCGGAGAUUUUGUUCUGAGAUUAUUGGGAAACCCAGAAGGGGUAGUGAAAGUGGAAACAAGCUUUUGGAAAAUUAACUCUGUGACUGUAUAGAAUGGGUUAACAAGAAUGGAUGUAGAAACGAGGAGGCUGUACAAGGAAGCUAGGUCUAGGGGGAUAACUUUUGGAGCUAUUAAGAUGGUGGAGUUGCUAAAGUUGAAGUGUUAGUAGCAGCUGUCUGGCAAACACUUAUGGACCAUCUAGUCCCUAUAAGACUGAUCUAGAUUAUUUUUAAAUGUCUUCAUUUCAUACAUAUAGAAACUGAAGCUCAGAGAAGUCGUGUCCUUUGGAGUUACUCAGCAGAAAGUAGUGGAGCUAGGAUUUGAUGAAUCUGGGUUAGCCUGGUCUGAAACUUCAGUUUUAAAAGUAAAGAAUGGAAGACCAUGAGUCCAGGUGUCACUAGGGGCCUCAGAUUGGGAGUCUAGGCUGCAAUAAAGAGUAAAGUUGGACCAAGGGCAAAAAAUAACAAUUUGGGUUGAGAUUAAGGUUGAGAACUCUUUGAGUGUUGGACCCUGUAGACAAUUGGUACGAGACCAAUGCUUGGUUAACCUGACAACGUAAACCAUUAAAUAGUUGACUGCUCUUGUACAAGUAAACAGAAAAUCAAAAAACUGAACCUUGGGAGUCAUGUGGAGAAUCCAGAAAUAGGGCAGCUAGCAUGGUAAAGGCUUAGCAAACAUUGUCGUAGUCCUUGAGGAGGAAAGUUUCUAAGAGAAAAGGACAGUUAAUAGAAGGUUGUUCCUGCCUCCCGAGUGACCCCUUCCUCAGCCCCAGCUAGAGCCACCAACCUUACCACUUACAGACUCACAGAGCAUAGUUGGAGGGAGGAGUGGAGUCUCCCAAACUUGCAGUAUUGUCUACCUUAACAGGUAGCUGAGAAAAUAAGCUGAUAAUAGAGAAGAUGAGGGAAGAAUAGGGGUCCCAAGGCCAUGCACCAUGGCUCACACUACACUUCUGUCACAUGGGAUAUAAGUCUACUAAGACAGGAGAAGGCUGUGCCAGGUAUAAGCCAGUCUGGCUACAUAGUGAGUUCCAGGACAGCCUAGGAUACAUAGUGAAACCCUGUCUAAAUGAAGAAAAAAGGAGCAGGAUUAGACUAAUGUUCUAUAUCUAUGGAAAAUGCUGUGUUUUGUAACUUCUCACAAGAACCUAUUUAAAUCUCAGCGCAUUUGCCAUUUCACAGACAAAAACAAGGCUCAAGGCUAGCCAAGUGGAAACUUGCACUAGGUUUGUCUGGCCCCCAGUGCCCAGUCUGUUUCUACCAAACCGGGCAUGAAUUCUUACUCUUCUUACUUGGCACAAACCUGAACUUGGAAGUGGCUCACGCUAGGUUCAUUCUCAUGAGAUCUUCCUGGAGGCUGGAGAAGGGAAGUCAACAUCUCCUGAAGCUUUGGAUCCAAGCUGGACUAAAAGCUAGUGCUCUGAUGUAUUUGGGUUCUAGAGGCCUUCCAGUUCUAACAGCCCUCAAGUACCUUGUCUUUUCCCCCCAGAUGCUCACAUAUAUCCUGAGCUUCCUACCUCUGUCAGAUCAGAAAGAGGCCUCCCUCGUGAGUCGGGCUUGGUACUGUGCAGCCCAGAAUGCCCUUCGGGAGACAAAUGUGCGGUACAACAUUCCUGUGUCCUCUGCCUCACUCUCAGCAAUCAAGAGCUUGGGCCUCAGGGGCAUUUCAUGCAUCAGCUUGACCAACCUGGAUGGCUCACCAGCUUCGCACCAGGUACUGCAGUCUGUUGCUUACCACUUAGGCCCACACCUGGAGAGCUUAUGCCUGGGAGGGGGCAGCCCCACAGAGGCAUCCUUCUUGGCCUUGAUCCUGGGAUGCCCGGUCCUGCGCACCCUUGACCUCAGUGGCUGCAACAGUCUCUUCACGUCAGGCACUCUGCUGGCUCAGCCUGAGACAGCACAGUGUGUUCGAAAGGCAUUGAGUGGCCUUCGUGAUCUUAACCUGGCUGGCCUGCGUAACCUGACUGACCUUAGCUUCAACCAUCUCAGCGGUUGUUUCCCCAGCCUGGAGCGCCUCUCCUUGGCCUAUUGCCAUCUUACCUUUGAGUUAGGCCCAACCUGGGGCUCCAUUAGCCCCCAGGCGUCUUCUCCCUCCCAGCUUUCCUUUCACAACCUGCUUCAGUUUGUCAAAGAGAGAGCUGGUAGGCUGCGUGCCCUAGACCUCAGUGGUACUGGCUUGCCACCUGAGGCCCUACAAGCCCUGGGCCAAGUGACUGGACUGCAGCUGGAGGAGCUGAGCUUGCACAGCUGUAGAGACCUCUCCUCAGAGGCGGUGGCCACCCUUUGCCGCCAGCAGCCCGGCCUUACUUCCCUGGACCUCAGUGGUUGCUCAGAACUGACUGACGGGGCACUCUUGGCUGUGAGUCGAGGCCUGCAACACCUGCGGCACUUGAGUCUGAGGAAACUGCAGCGACUGACCGAUGCAGGUUGUACAGCCCUGGGAGCCCUGCACGAACUGCAGAGCCUGGACAUGGCUGAGUGCUGUCUGGUGAGUGGGCGGGAACUGGCGCAGGUCUUAGGCUCAGUUCGCAGAGCUCCACCGGCACUGACUUCCCUCAGGCUGGCUUACUGCUCUUCACUGAAGGAUGCCUCAGUGCUUUCCAUGAUCCCAGCAUUGGGCCCAAGCCUCAAGGUGCUAGACUUGUCCUCCUGUGUGGCCCUCACUAACCAGACCGUGCAGGCCAUCUGUACCUACCUUAUUCACCUGUCAGUCCUGCGCCUGGCUUGGUGCAAGGAGCUCCAGGACUGGGGGCUUUUGGGGCUGAAGGAGCCAAGUGAGGAGCCUGGGCUAAGUUCCCAGCUACACCAAGAGGUGGAAAAUCAGGCCCCAGACCCUCAAGAGCCUAAACCUGACCCACAAGGCCCCUCCCUGCUCAUGCUUCAGACCCUGCAGGAGUUGGAUCUCACAGCCUGCUGUAAGCUGACAGAUGCCAGUUUGGCCAAGGUGCUCCAGUUCCCUCAGCUGAGGCAGUUAUCAUUGAGCCUGCUGCCAGCGCUCACAGACACGGGUUUGGUGGCUGUGGCUAGGGGCUGUCCCAGCCUGGAGCGCUUGGCAUUGAGUCACUGCAGCCACCUCAGUGAUGAGGGAUGGGCUCAGGCAGCCAGGUUCUGGCCAAGGCUGCAACACCUCAACCUGUCCAGCUGCAGUCAGCUCACAGAGCAAACUCUGGAUACCAUUGGGCAGGCAUGCAAGCAACUUCGAGUGUUGGAUGUGGCUAUGUGUCCUGGUAUCAACAUGGCAGCUGUCAGGCACUUCCAAGCGCAGCUCCCUCAGGUGACCUGCAUCCAGUCUCGCUUCGUGGGAGGGGCUGACCUGACCCUAACACUUUGAGGCCAGGUCAGUUACUCUCCCUGAAGCUCGGCCUCCUUCAGCAGCAUAGCCCCAGCCCAGGCCUCUGGACCUGUGUUAGCCCCAGGGCCUCUUGCCUUCCUUGCCCUAGAACCUUUUCUUAGACUCAGGACGGGACCAGUCCAGGAUACAUGCAGCCCCAGAGUACCCCACAGAUGGCAGCAACCUCUUUCCAGCUGCACAUUGCUUCCAUGGGCUCUGUUCUAAAGGUUAGGGCCACAGGGGGUGCUGGGCCUGGUGCUGGGGAAGGGCAGACUCUGUGCCUCCUGCCAGUCUACCACUCAGACCUCUGUUUUGCCUGCCCUCCAGGGGUCUCUUCCAACCCUCCUGAGCUUUAGCAGUCAGUCCACCAACUUCAUUGUAAACCCAAACAAGAUUAAAAAUUCCAGAUUUUA